CUUCAUAUAAACAUCGUAUCAUUCCCCCAACUUCCUCUUCAGCCUCCACUGAAUCACCAUAGAGAGAGCUGCCGGCCGGAAAAAUGGUGCAACGAUUGACUUACCGUAAACGCCACAGCUACGCCACCAAGUCCAACCAACAUCGGGUUGUUAAAACCCCCGGUGGUAAGUUGAUUUAUCAGACUACCAAAAAGAGGGCCAGUGGACCAAAAUGCCCUGUUACUGGCAAGAGAAUCCAAGGGAUUCCUCACUUGAGACCUGCUGAAUACAAGAGAUCAAGAUUAUCUAGGAACCGAAGAACUGUGAACCGUGCUUAUGGCGGUGUACUUUCUGCAGGUGCCGUAAGGGAAAGGAUCAUCCGGGCUUUUUUGGUUGAAGAACAAAAGAUUGUGAAAAAGGUGUUGAAGAUUCAAAAGGCAAAAGAAAAGACUGCCUCCAAAGCUUAGAUUUUUCUCAUGAGAGAGUAAUUUUGGGUUUCAAGAUUUUGAAUCUGUAAUCUGGCUGUUUGAUGUUUGGAUACUUUUACUUUGUUGACAAUCAAAUUUGGUUCAGUCUUUUAGGUUUUUGUUUGCUUUCCAAUGGUUUUAUGGACUAUGUUUUGGACAUGUUUUCGUGUUGUAUUUACUUUCUUCUAAAUUCCAAAUUAA